AUGACUACCGAUAAGCUGCUUCUCGGAAGCAUUGUCGCCUUUGAAGGCCAUGCCGAAACUAUAUCAACACAACUGAGACUCCUCCCGACAUCGCCCCAAAUUCUCAUUCUCCCAAACAUUCAGAGCUAUGUCUCAAACGAAGGCAUAGAUGACAGAUUCGAUGCUCGCAUCUAUGUCAAAAGCAUACAUGAAGCCGUCGCUGCUCGGCAUGAAGUUGCUCGAAACUUCCUCCAAGGGUCAACAUCUAACAGCAAGCGACUCGUCUUCAUGAGCGGCGGCACUCCAGGCGCACAAACUCUCUGCAUCAAGGCCAUCAUGGAGAAUGAAACAGAUGGCGACUACAACCGCGCCGAGUCCAUCUUCAACUAUCUGGUUAAGGAGGGUGUCGCUGGGCUGGAAAACCCAGCUAGGGACUGGCGAAGACGAAACACAUUCGAGUAUUUUGGCGAGCAAGAGUUCGAUGAGGAAUUCGAGGACCCCAUAACACGGGCGAUGCGAGCCGCCGACGCCUUGGACCGCCAGACCGCCAGCCUUCAGCCAACUAACGAGCUUGAUCUGACGACUGCGACACGCCCUCGGAGCAACAGUCUGCCGCUGUAUGGAUACGCCGAUAACUUCGGAGAUGCGGCACCUUUCUUCGUGUUUGGCACUCAGGACCAGGAAGAGAUUGAGGGUGUGAUUGAUGAGGUCGCAGAUGAGAUCUACUCGCCUCGGGCUUCCAUAUUUGCUGUCACACAUUACGACAAGCCCGCGGAUCCUCUCUAUCCUGGAUUCACCAAUCUUCAGCCACCUUCGCCCAGGAAUUCUUUCCCGCGAUCCCCAAGUUGCAUUGGAGAGUCCUAUGGUCCUAUGGCCGUCCCUCAAACCCUCGGCCCCGAGGUCUUCACCCCACGGUCCGACGUGUUCAGCAUCCGUUCCACAGAUAAUGUCGUGUAUGGAGAGGCUUCAUUGCUGGACAUGCGACUUUCGGGCCGCAGAGCUACACUGACACGAGUCAAGUCUCUGGACCGUAUCUAUCCCGCCACUCCCAAGUACCGGGAUCUCUGUGUUCCUGCCGACGCAGCAGAGCUUGCACGGGAGUCUGAGCGUGAUCUCGAGCAACAGACACCCUCUGAGGCUCGCCGACAUUCCUGCAUGGUCAUCACAAGUGCAAAGGACUCUCGGCCAAGCAGACUCAGUUACAUCGAGGGGCCUAGAACUAUUGUCGUUAGGUCUAACCACCCAACCGUCAAGGUUGCACCGGUCCCUUCGGAAAAGAAGCGUAAACCUGCAAGAGCGUCAUACGUCGACAGAGGAACCGAUGCCGAGGAGAUUCCGGAGCCAGAGGAGCCGUUCAAGCCUGUUCUGCCCUUCCUGGAGGAUCUUGUGGUGCAUUUCAGGGAUGAGGUGCCAGACGCUCUUCUUGAGUCUGUUGUUGGUGGGUUCAGAGCUGGCAACUAUCCUGUCGUGUGUCACUUGUCAUCCGCUUCCGAGGCCGACGAGGUCAGUGCCUCUGUCCCAGGGACACCUGAAUCUCAGUCGAUCAAGGAUCUGGACUGCACAGACGAUGAUUACCACGAGCCUGCCGUUGUCGCUCGAAGCAGUUACACAGACGAGUACGACCCGUUUGCCUAUGUGCAACCCACCUGGCCUCAGGCGAAGCCACGGCAAACGGUACCCAAGGUACAAGUCGAGCGACCACCUACGCCUGCCCAAACACCUCCGCCCUUGGUUUCGGACGCAGAUGAGAAGAUUCGCGAGUUCAAAAUUAGCAGCCAGCAAACAGCUGUAACCAUCCAGAACUCCCUGCGCUCCAUUCUCAAGGACCAUUUCCCUCCCGAGACCCAGGGCUACCGUCAGUUUCAGUUCCCUCUCCUCCCAGAACUAGAGGGGCUCUGGAGGCCCAUUUUCCGAGAGACAGACUCAGAUGGGACUCGUGAGACCAAUCGCCGGGUGGACCAGAUUCUGGCCAUCGGCGCUCAGCGCGGCGUGAAGAAGAACUAUGCCUCAGCCAUCACGGGGCAACUAGAGAAACUGGGGACCAAGCCCAGUGGCAUGAGCCGAAGUGGAAGGCUCGAUUUCAGAUAUCUCCUCGCUACUGCCAUGCAAGCAUACACUGCUCAGCCUCUGGCCAGCCAGACACACGAUAAUCCUUUCGCCAAUUCUUAUCUUCUUGCCACCCUCAUCAUUCCCCACCUAGAGACAUACCUCGCCUUGCACACAGAGGUGCGGUACCUUAUUCUCGAGUACCCCCCGGAACACCUCCCUACCAUGCUGGCUCUCCAGAAGCUUGUUGGUGUCGACAUGAUGAAGGUGGCACAAAUAGUCGAUGCCAACAGCAAAGAAACACUUCCAUUCACUCACCUGCGGGGGACAACACCCAUCAACGGCCCGGAGCAGGGACCCGUCGGCCGUUUUGGAAUGUCCCUCUCGCCAACAUCUGGACCUUGCUAUGAUGUGACAGUCUCCAAGGCCAACUUCCUACUUACCUCGACCGCAAGCGACGCAGAGAUCGCAACAUUCAUUUCUACUGUUUUGAAGAUUCUUUCUGAUAUUUCAUCAUUCUACACUCCUGAGGAGGCCCCAAAGAAGCCAUCACCAAAGAAGUCGAAGCCGCCCUCUCUCACAGGAACCUUCUCGCCCUUCCCUCGGGUGUCAUCAGGACCACAGAGUCCACCAAUGUCACCAGCUCUUGCGGCCAGAUUUGGAGCGGGUCUUUCGGGGUCGUCUGCUCUAUCUAGCCGGGCUCCUUCCAUCGCCGAAACGGUCAAGACGAUAAAAUCGGUAAAGAGCAAGCUGAGCCGGGGUAAAUCGAGGCGGAAACCCUCCAAUGCCGAUGCCCAGUCGAUUCUCACCGUGUAUCUCGACGACAGCGACUGGGAUCAGGAAGACCGACGAAUCAUGCCUAUCUUGUCCAAGAAGCCGGAUAUGCGAAGAGGGAACAGUCGGAAGGCGCUGAAAAUGCUUGGUUUGGCAUGA